GUCAAAGGAAGGAGACAUACAGCACUAUUAUUCACAUCAAAGUAAAAUAAUUUCACUUUUGGAGUUAUGGGUGCUCAUGGAUCCAACUUGGAUGAAAUCCUAGCUGAGGACAUGCACCAUUGGUACAAUAAGUUCAUGAGGGAGUCUCCAUCUGGGCUCAUCACCCUGUUUGAACUGAAGAACAUGCUACAGAUGCAGGGUAUGACCGAGGAGGCCAGCAGCUAUGUUGACCAGGUCUUCUACACUUUUGACAUGGAUGGGGAUGGGUAUAUCGAUUUCGUUGAAUAUAUAGCAGCCGUAAGUUUGCUACUCAAAGGAGAGAUCAACCAGAAACUGAAGUGGUACUUCAAACUUUUUGAUCAAGAUGGAAAUGGAAAAAUUGACAAAGACGAGAUGGAGACCAUAUUCAAGGCUAUUCAGGAUAUCACCCGGAUCUAUGAUGACCCUCCGGAGGAGAUUGUGACACUCAUUUAUAAAAGGAUUGAUGUUAAUAAUGAAGGUAUGACCCAGUUCAAAAUGUUAUAUGCUGUAAGAAACGUACACAUUUCUCAGAAACUGAUUAAGUUUACCAAAGAAGACAUUUGGUUUUGA